AUGAAAAAGUAGUUGCCUAAGAGUGCUUCACAAACUGCUAUUCAAAAACCAGAGAAAUCUCAAACAAUGAAGACUCCAGAAAGACAUGGCAUCCCUAGAAAUGUCAAUUACUAUAGCCAUUUCUUAGUUGAACCCUACAUCACUGAAAAGGAUAUUGAAUUUGUGCUCUAACUAAGAAAUAUUGAUCAUGCAGAAAUGACAGCGAAAUUGGCUAGAAUACCAAACCAAACUUUCUCAAGAGGAGAUCAAAAGAUUGAGUCUUAAAAGGACAAGCACCUCUCAAGAGAUGUGAAGUAUAAUGGCAAUUCUACUCCAGUCCUUCAUCUUCUGAAGGGUAGAAUUGGUCCCACUCCUCAUUUAAGUUAAGCAGAAUUUGAAACUGGUCUACGAUCCUACGCCAAAACUGAUAAAAGUCUGGUUGAAAAAGAACGUAACUGGACUACAGUCCCAAAAACUUAACGUAAGGAUGCUUUCCCUGAAUUCCUGCCUAAUUACAAGGAAGAGAUGGCGAAAAAGAAAUCAGUGAGUAUAAGUGGAGGAAAACUUGGAAAACUUACAUAUAAUGCAUUUGAUUCAGAUUCAAAUUACCCUCCUUACCUAAUGAAGUUUCAUGAAAAAAAUCUACAGAGUGUGAAACACAUGUUUGUUCCUGCAAUUAAGAUGUCAACUGUUUAAUGGUAAGAUGGAUUGAGACCACUGGAGCCCAUAAAAAAAGAAAAAAAGCCAAAAAAAUGA